AUGGCACUCAUUCUCCCUUCAGAAAUCAUCUCAACAAUCAUCGAGUGUGCGGCAGAGAUUGACUACCUUGAUAAACAUUGCCACAGACACAACAUACACCUGCUCCCCAACCUCUGUCUAGUCUCUAGGCUGUUCUAUAGGCUCUCGUCGGCCCUCAUUUACCGCGACGUGAUUGUCCCUGCCGGCUGGGAGCUCGGAAACAUCAUCAAACAACUUGUCCCCCUUCUUUCGCUUGAGCAACGUCGCAAGCUCCGGGAGUCUCUGGAGCCGGCUCAGCCCGAUGGGGAUGAAACGGAGCUCCUCCAGGGGGGUGAACUCGAGGAUGCAAAGCAGCUUCUUGUGGAUCGGGAACGAAUCGUGGACCCAGCAUGUGUCAAGAGGCUGAUAUUAUGGGAUUCGGAUGUUAAUGGCGAAACAGAUCUGUACCGCGAGUGUUUUUGGCGGGCUAUCGAUGUGGCCAUGGCAGACAUGGCCGGCUUGCAAUAUUUCCAUAAUGAGAUUGGAUGGGAUUAUCCACCCCUUCUUGAGCAACUGUCAACCCUACAGUCCAUACAUCAUCUAGGUACCGGAAGGGCCGACAGCUCAUCCCGCCUCGAGCUACCGCUUAAAUGCCCGCUACGCUCCCUAAGCAUAUUCUACGAGUGGUUCGAGGAAGAGACCGUUGCAGCGUGGAGUCGAAUCCUGAAAGAGUCCUCAAGCUCACUCCGGGCACUACAUCUAUCGUUCAAUACUAGAACGAUAUCCGCCCAGUCUAUCGAUAAAACACUCCCCACCUUGCUCACAGACCAGAGAACAUCUAUGCCUAUUGCGUUGCCGCAGCUGGAGGAGCUUUACCUCAGGGUCCGCGAGGAAAUGCCACCCCCAUACUGGCAAAGUCUAUAG